AUGACAUUCAACUGGGAAGCUCGUAGGGAUGUAUCAAUAGGUGUGGCCAGAGUGCUUGCCUUUCUCCAUGAGGAACUUCAACCCCAUAUUGUGCACAGAGAUAUCAAAUCCAGCAAUGUUCUUCUUGAUCGAAAUUUCACACCCAAAGUCUCAGAUUUUGGUCUGGCCAAGCUACUAAGAGAUGAAAAAUCCCAUAUCAGUACCCAAGUUGCAGGCACAUUGGGUUAUCUUGCUCCAGAGUAUGCCACUUCUGGCCACCUGACCCGAAAAUCAGAUGUUUAUAGCUUUGGGGUACUUCUUCUAGAAAUUGUCAGUGGCCAAAAAGCAUUAGAUAAUCAUCAAAAUGUGGAACGUUUCAUAGUUGAGAAGUCUUGGGCAGCCUACGAGGGUAAUGAUCUGUUGAGAAUGGUGGAUCCAGUGCUGAACAUGAACUAUCCCGUGGAAGAAGCCAAACGGUUCCUAAUGGUGGGGCUUUGUUGUGUGCAAGAAACUGCUAAGCUCAGGCCACGAAUGUCAGAGGUUGUUGAGAUGUUAAGCAAAAAUAUUGAGAUGGGAGAGUUUCAUAUUUCACAACCAGGAGUUGUGAAUGAUAUGAGGAACCCCAGAAUGGGGAGGCAAAUGAAUUCAUCAGAAUCAAGUGCUACGGCAGCAUCCUUUGCAGACUCCUCCGAGUGGAAUACUACCACCAAUCUUGCUCGUUAG